AUGAAUGAACUCCAUUCACAAUUAAAACAAUUAGAAAAAUCAGAAGAAAUUCUUUCGGAAAAUCCACACCGUUUCACUCUCUUUCCGAUUCAAUAUCCUAAACUGUGGGAAAUUUAUAAAAAGAGAUUGGCAUCUUCCAUUUGGAGUGUUGAACAAUUUGAUCAAAUUAUUAGAAAUGACAUUUCUAAAUUAUCGGAAAUUUGCAAUUCUGAUCACAGUUUCAUCAAGAUUAUUCUUGCGUUUCUUGUUGCAAAUUGUAAACAGAAAACAAAUCUAUGGGGAGCAUUCAAAGAUAUUCAAAUACUAGAAGCAAAACAUUUCCACGGCUUUCGGCUGGCCAUGAAGAAUAUUCAUUACGAAAUGUAUUGUAAUCUAUUCGAAAUUUUAACAGAAGAAACAGAAAGAAGUGAACUAAUAGAAAAAAUGAUCAAUUCAACCAUGAAGAAAUCUCAAUAUACAAAGAAAUGGCUCAAUUCUGACAAUUUAUUUUCUGAAAGAUUGAUAGGUUUAGUUUGCAUUGAACAGAUUUUCCUUUCUGCAAGUUUCUUUUCCAUUUUUUGGCUAAAGAAGCGUGGAUUAAUGUCAGCUUUAACAAUUUCCAACGAUUUGAUUUUCAGAGAUGAAGAAUUUCAUUCCAAUUUUUUAUAUUCUCUAUAUUCGAAUUUGAAACAUUCUAAACUUCCUCAAACUCUCGUUCAUUCACUUGUCAAGGAAGCAGUUGACAUUGAAAAGGAAUUUAUUACAAGUUUACCCACUGAAUUGAUUGAAUUGGAUAGAAACUCCAUGUAUCAGUAUGUGGAAGUAGUUUCAGAUAACAUUCUAAUUUCAUUUGGUUAUGAAAAACUCUUCCAUACUGAAAAUCAAUGUUCAUGGAUUCAAGACAUGUUAAUGAACAAGUCGGGUUUCUUCUGGAAAAUUGGAUUAGAAUCCUAUUCUUCCAUUCCACAUUUCCCAACCAUUAACAAUGAAUUAAAAUUGGAUGAAGAUUUUUAA